AUGGAUAUGACACGAAAUGUGGAAAAAUUAAAGAAAAAUAUGAAAGAAAGUGAAGUAGUGAAUGUGAACGAGGAUGAAGAAUCCUUAAUUAGAGGCAAUGAAAAUGCCACGAAAAACACGAAUCCGUUUUGCAUUGAUUCGUUACUGUCCAAAAAUAACGAGGUUGAUACAAAUUAUAAUUCAGAUUUUACGGAAAUUUCGUCAGAAAAGGAGUUUUACGACAUCUGUAACAAGGAUAAUUUUAUAGCGACUGAAAAUAAUAUUAGAUCAAAUACGCCUGAUUCUUCCGUUACGAGUCAGUCUUCAAUUAGUCCGGGAUGCGAGGAAUAUAACACGUCAGACAAUAAAAAUUAUUCAAAUUAUCAGUCGAUUAAACACGAAUACAUGGCACCAAUGUACAACUUCUAUUCCUCGCGAUUUUUCGGACAGAACGAGUCUGCAUUUCAUCAUCCCAUCUAUCCGCCAAAUAAACAGGGAACGCUUCCAUCGAACACGGUUUUUCCACGAAUGGAAGGAUACGAGUUAUUGGCACCGAAUGACUUAUUAAUGCCUCGAAUUGCAGAGUUAUCAAGUCAACAUGUAAUUUUCGGCAAAACACGGAGACCAAGAACAGCAUUCACAUCUUUGCAACUUCUCGAGCUUGAAAAGCAGUUUAAACAGAAUAAAUAUCUUUCUCGUCCGAAACGUUAUGAAGUAGCCAGUCAUCUGAGAUUAACAGAAACUCAGGUGAAAAUUUGGUUUCAAAAUCGUCGGAUGAAAUUUAAAAGAAGCAGAAAACAACAGAGCUCAAAGCAUGGCGCGAUGUCCAUAGAUAAAGCAAUAAAGUGCGAGGAAAGUGUGUAUAUGCAAAGGGAUAAGAGCAAUGUAAACAAUCACGAGAAGCAGAAACUUUUUCGACCAUAUGUCGCACAAAAAUAA